AUGAUCUUCGCCGCCCGUCAACUUCAGGAGAAGUGUCAGGAGAUGCGGACCCACCUGUACUCUACCUUCGUGGACCUGACAAAAGCCUUCGACACGGUGAAUCGUGAAGGACUGUGGAAUAUCAGGCAGAAAUUCGGCUGUCCGGAGCGAUUCACUAAGAUGGUGCGUCAGCUGCACGACGGUAUGAUGGCGCGAGUCACGGACAACGGAGCUGUCUCAGAGGCAUUCGCAGUGACUAACGGAGUGAAGCAGGGAUGCGUGCUGGCACCAACCCUCUUCAGUCUUAUGUUCUCUGCCAUGCUGAUGGACGCCUACCGCGACGAACGUCCCGGGAUUCGCAUCGCCUACAGGACGGACGGUCACCUGCUGAAUCAACGGCGGAUGCACUUCCAAUCACGCGUAUCCACAACAACCGUUCACGUACUCCCCUUCGCCGACGACUGCGCCCUGAACACCACCUCGGAAGAGGAGAUGCAAUGGAGCAUGGACCUGUUCUCAGUCGCCUGCGAGAACUUUGGGCUGGUCAUCAACACGCAGAAGACGGUGGUGAUGCAUCAACCGCCACCCAACUCAGCCACAGCCCCCAACGCGCCGCCGCAAAUCAGUGUGAAUGGGACACAACUGCAAGUGGUGGAGAACUUCCCGUACCUGGGCAAUAUUCUCUCCCGAAACACCAAGAUCGAUGACGAAGUCGCCAACAGGAUCUCGAAAGCCAAUCAAGCCUUCGGCCGCUUUCAAAGCACUGUUUGGAAUCUUCAUAGUCUGCAACUGAGCACGAAGCUGAAGACGUACAAGGCCGUCAUCCUGCCGACGCUGCCGUACGGAGCGCAGACUUGGACAGUGUACACAAAGCAGGCACGCCGACUGAACCACUUCCACCUCAGUUGUCUACGUCGCAUCCUGAGGCUGAGCUGGCAGGAUCGAAUCCCCGACACUGAUGUGCUGGAACGGACGGGAAUUCUCAGCAUCUACACCAUGCUGAGACAAAUACAGCUGCGUUGGAGCGGCCAUCUGGUGUGCAUGGUUGACGAGCGACUACCCAAACGACUCUUCUACGGAGACAUCGCGACGGGUUCUCGCCGCCAAGAAGGCAAAAUUCGUCGUUACACGGAUACCCUGAAGUCCUCUCUGGAGCGUCUGCAAAUCAUCCCGACCAACUGGGAAGAGCUCGCCCUCGACCAAGCGACCUGGCGGCGGGCAGUGAAGACAGGUUCUGCGAUCUAUGAAGCCAACCGCAUCGCCGCAGCCAAAGUGAAAGGAGAAGCCCGCAAAUCACAGCUGCGCCCAGUACGCAACGCCGACGGACAACCGCUCCUUACGUGUCCUCCAUGCCAACGGACAUUCCGUGGGCACGAAUUGGACUUGUCGGGUACCUUUGGAUCAACUGUACAUCUGAGACCGCACCAGCAGUCGUCCCUCCGCCCGCCUCUCUCUCGUCCUCUCCGCCAUCAACUAAACCUGCGUCUUCUUCCGAACCACCACUUCCAUCCGCCGCCGCCGCCGCCGCCACCGCCUCAUCCUCCUCCUCCACUGCCCCAACGACGGCCGCUCACGCACAUCCCCAACCCUGAGGCAUCAACCGACACCACCCCCACUGCCUCCGACUCUAAAGAUGAGGAUCAGGACUACAUCGGCCCUCACUGCGACCGCACCUUCACCUCACACAUCGGCCUAGUCGGUCACUUGCGGGUCCAUCGGACAGAGACUGACGAACCAGUGCUGGGAGCACUAACCCACACCCACCGCACCCGCCUCCACUGCCCACACUGCCCUCGUAUCUUCACGCAUCGCAUGGGUCUAUUCGGCCGCAUGGGCAUACACGAGAGAGGAAAUGACCGCAGUCCCGACUCACCCAUCAUGCCAAACCCCACCCCACUUCAUCACCCUGCGCGCCCAUCGCCCUUCCCGCAGCUGACACCGACACUACCGACUUCUAAAGCCCACACUGUCCACGCACAUUCACCUCUCGCAUCGGCCUGGUCGGUCACUUGCGAAUCCAUCGCACAGAGACUGGAGAACCAGUGCCUGGAGCACCAACCUAUACCCACCAAGCUCGUCUCAACUGCCCACAUUGUCCUCGCACAUGGGCCUAUUCAGCCACAUGCGCAUCCACGACGACCUGCGGUAGACAACCGCCGGUCACACCGCACAUUCACUCACUCCCUACCUUCCAACACCAUCACCACCAUCACCCCACCAGACAUCAACACUCACACACCUCAUGCACCGAACUGCCACCUCCCACGCAAGUGGGAAGUGUGCAUCUCGACUCGGUCCUCAUGUGGCUUCGGCUGCAGGAGUGACUUGAGUCCGAGACUAUCUCGACACGUCAAGCGUCGUGGAUAG